GCUGUUGAAGCAGUGCGAAACAAUUGACAAAUUUUCGAAUUCAGUCUAUCUCUGAUCGCCCAAUGAUUAAAUUUAAAUAUUUUUAAGUACGAACUAUCUUGUUCUCAAAACGGAAAAUUCAUCCAAUUAGUCAAACUGUUCCGAAUCGCCUUCAAAAGAACAAAAAAAGAAGCAGCAAAACAAAAAAAUUCUUUUUGAAUAAAUAUUGAAAAAAAAAAGAAAAAUAAACGAACAUAAAAAUUUUACGAAACGAAUUACGUCAAAUUGUUAUUUGCUUGUUUGUAUUUUUAUUAUUUUCUCGAUUGUUAACACAAAAGCGUUCAUAUGGCUAAAAAUAAAUAAACGUUCUUUUCAUAUUUAGUCAACAAUAAAUACAACGACGACGACAACAACAAUAACAACAACAACAAUACAAGAAAGCAAUAGGAAAAUAUAACAUACAUAUUGCGUACAUAGAUAUUCACAUGUACAUUCCUGUAUGUACUUAUGUAUGUUUGUAUGUAUGGCUGUAAUAAAAGUGUGAAAUAAUUUGCUAAAUACGUCAUCGUGGUGUCAUCAUUCGAAUAGAAAAGAAAAGCCGAAAGCAACGGAAGGAAAAGCGGAAGAAACACAAACGAUCUAUAGCCAAAAACAAUAAGAUUGCCACAAAUCUUCAACAUAAUUAUCGCCAAUAGACGGCCGCAGCGGCAGCGACAACGACACUAUCACUCACCACUACAACAAACAUUAAGAUCUAUUUUUGUUAUUCUUUAGCAGGCAGAUCUGUCGAAGAUCCAAACUGACAUAUACGUAAAUAAUUCAUACAUAUAGAAAAAAGCUAAAGCUGAAAGAGCAAAAAAAAAUAGAUAUAGAAAACAAAGAGAGCAACUAUCCACAAUUCACCGAUCGAACAGCAGAUAUUAAUUUGCCCCAUAGAGACAGCAGCACCAUUGCUAGACAACUAAAUACACAUCCACUACAGGUCCGCCUACAUACAGCGGGCAGAACAAAAAAAAAAAAAAGAGAGUCGCCAAUAGCUAGGCUCUUUACAUUUUUGUACUUAACACUCAAACGAAACGAGCGGAGAGACCAGUGCAAUAGCAAGAGAGCUGUGGAAAAUUCGCCAACUACAUGUCUACAUUCGUACAUGUAUUAAAGUGAGAAAAAAUACCUUUUAAUCGAACGAAUCAACAAAAAACAUCAACAACAACAAACAAAAGCAGAAACAAUUUCGGCCAUAUUCACUGAGCGAUCAAUACGAACGAAGUACUAACUAAGCAAAAAAUCAUAAACAAAAUCAAGAAAAACUCUAGAAAAGCGCGGAAACAAAAAAAAAAAAAAAAACAAAAAUUAAACAUCUACGACGCCGAAGUAUCUACGACGCCAACUGCAAAUUUAGCCGACUCAUAUAACGUUAUUGUGUCUGUCCACCCACCGCCUGGGACAACAAAACGGUCGCAGCAGCCGCAACUCCCACAAAGCGAAGAUUACAAAUUGUUUGCAUUAAUUUAGCGCGGGAACUCUCUCAAACCCAAGAGAUAAGUUGCAUCACAUCGCAGUGCACGAUAUCGGCGACUUACAAACAAAAACUCACAUUCACGUACUGGCAUUGUCUAAACGAAUUCACAUCAAACCAAGCGUCGACCGGCGAGAAGUGAAAGAAGAGUUUUUCCACCAUUCGAACGCAAUACAAACGAAACAUAAUUAAUUAAAAAAAAAAACAACGAUUCAACACACGCAUAUACAUACACACAUACAAAGCGUACGAACUUAAAAAUAAAGUAAACUACUUACUAUUAAUUGAAAUUCAAACGUUCUCUGAGCAAAUGCCCUUUUUGAGCGAAUAGAACUUAAAAUUAACCACACAGACGACGAUCCGAAGGCAACCAUCGACGGCUUAGGAUCACAGAAAGAAAGAACUCAUCAAUCAAGAGCUGUAUAGAACCCAUAAGAGCAACGACGUCAACGGCAACGACAUCAAGGCAUCGCAAAGGCCAAUCACAUUAAGCCGGAAGAAACGCUGAACAUACCUACCUACAUAUGUACAUCACAUAUCCUCACAAAAAAGGAUAACUUACAAUACUCUUCGAAAUAUAUCUACGAAAAAACGGAACAAAUAAUUUAAAUAUAUCUCAAAACAAAAAAGAAAAGAAAACCAAAUAACAUAUACUGUGUAUAUACGAAUCGGAAACGGAACAUUAUUUGUUUAGUUCUAUUAUGAAACAUUGAAUGUGAUAUUUGAAAUUACAAUUUUACAUCCAUUAACAAAAGCAAUCGCUCGAAAGAGGACAAUUUUUAGCCACAUACUUUUUCAUAAAUACCACACCACACCAUAACCAACCCACCCCACUCCAACCAACACACGCAUACGUUAGCACAUUUGUAAGAUCCAAUCAAUUCAAGGCACUCACCAAAGAUCUGCACAGACAAAAUGGCUGAAAAGGUCGAACAAAGCCAGCAAAUGAACAGCGCUCAUAAUGAGGGGCGAAAAAUUCGCAAAUCUCCAGAAUUCCAACCCCAGCAACAGGUCAUUGUACCGGCCAGUAUAACUCGAGAAAGAAGUUUUGUGCGAACCUCCAACCAACAGAAUACAAAUAAAAGACGUAGCUUGGCGUUUAAUAUUCAGACCGGCAGUACCAACCAGGGUGGACAAUUGAGAAGCAAGCCGACAAUGGACAUUUACAGACCUCCGAAUGUCCGUAGUGUCAGUGCCUGCGGUCAAACCUUUACACCAGCAGCAACAGCCACACCCACACCCACACCCACAACUAUCGAUCAAUUGAGCAAUUGUUCAUCCAUGGUCUUUCCCAACUCACCAACCGGCUUACAACAACAAAUGCAAUAUGUGGCUGCCAAUAACGCCAUGGUAAAUAGGCGUCAGGCAGGACUCUCUGUGGGAAGUAUGCCCUUGGGCACACUUAAUCCCAAGGCGCACCCAAUGGCCACAACAGGCCAUCGCCCCAUUUUGGUAACUCACUCGCAUCCAAUGCAAAUGGGCCAUAUGCCUCAACAGGUGCCCCUGAUUAAUUCCCCAUCCAGUGGCAAUAUACUGCAUCAAGCAACGGCAAAUCGCGUCAAAUUCGCCCCAGAACCACAGAAAAUGCACCACAACAAGGGCCAAAUGAAUAUGGUGCAGAUGAACAACAACAUCAAUCAAAGUUAUAAGCAGCAGAUGAAUCCCAUGGCGCCCUAUAUUAUGGGCAACAAUCAAAUGUCAAAUGGACCCAUGGAUCCCUAUGUAACCAUGAAUAUUUCGCCAUUACAGCGUUCGAAAUCCUUGUCGUCGGCUGAUGCUUUGACACGCGGCAUUGCUGGCCUCGGUCUUGGCUUGGGCAAUGAGGUCACCGAUAUCGGCCCAUUUCCCCCCGAAAUUCAGGGUCUCAUCGAUACCGCCCUGGAAGAUCCCAACAAAUUGAAUUCUCGCAGUCUUAUGGAGUUGACUUCUCACUUCAUUAAACGGGCUGUGGAGGGGCGUCGGUUCGCAUUGCCCAUUGCUCGACUCUGUCUGAAUAUUAUUGCCAAGGAACAGAAAGAGACAUUCUUGGAAGCGUUGCUGAAUACAUGUCGUCAAUGGUAUCAAGAAAGAGAAAAGCUUCUAUUCACUAUCCAAGGAAUGAAGUCGCCAUCACGGGCUCGCUUCACAGCUUUCAUGGCAUUUCUAACCGAAAUGUUUUGUCAAUUAAAGCGCCGUCAACUCCAGCUGAGCACGCAAUGUGAGGGCGCACCACCACCAUUGGUUCUCCUGACACUCUUGUCCAAAUGUUGUGAAGAUUGCGUUAAGCCUCCAGUUAGAUCCCUAUCGGAGAUUGAAUGCUUGUUCUACGUUCUGACAUGCAUUGGACAAGAUUUGGAAAUGCAAUUGCCGCAACAAUUGGAGUUGCUGCUGUCGAUGAUACGUGACGCUUUUUUGAAUGCCAGUGAUUCGGCUCCAGCUAUUCGACGAACCCUGUUGCAAUUGAUCGAGUUGCAGGCAUCACACUGGCAAUUGCCCGGCAAUACGGUGCUCUAUUAUUACCCGUCGACCAAAUAGGAUGUGUCGCAUAUAUCCGGGUCAAUGUUUAUAAAACCAAAUUACUGAUAUCCGUUAUUUGUUAUUGUAGACUUUACUCACCUUUACACAUCUACAUCAACAUUUACACUUUUCAUAUACAACACACACCCACAUACAUAUGCCAACACACAUACAUAUAUCGAAGUAAAGAAAUAGAAAUACUGCAUUUAAUGCAUUGAUAUGAUGCCUACCUAUGUUUUGUCGGAGCAAUUGUCCUCCAUUGAAAAGCCUGCAGCAGUAUGAGUGCAUAUUCAUAACUAAUAUUAUAUCCAAGUUAUUAAUGUUUAAUUUUUGCUUCUCAGUUUACUAACCCAAUGACAUUAUAAUGCCACGAAUAUCCGUGCGUAAUUCACUAUUACUAUUACUAUGUUAUUAUAUAGUUUAUGUAGCAUCUUAAUAUGAUAUUUAUACAUACAUAAAUACAUACAAACAUAUUUAUAUCAAACCACAAGAAUAUCCUAUUUGAGGCAAACGCAAAUGCAACCCCCCCUACAAAAAGCAUUGAAGCAUUUUUGAGCUCAAAACUGUUUUGUUCACAACAUUUUGUAGAGAAAAUCAGAAGAAAUGGAGAUAAAAAAGAACUUACUAAUCCAAAUUAUAUUAUUUUUAAUAAAAUGAAGAAACAAAAGAAAAAAAAAACAACAACAAUCUAAUACUAGUCAACAAAUAUAUUUUUAAAUAAAAUUGAUUUUAAAUAUAAUAACAACUAUAAACUUACAAACAACAA